UUGGUGUUGAAGAGCGCGACUCUAACCCCUCGAGUCCGUUGAGAUGGUUUCGAAGAGCUUGACUCUGUCAUAGAGCUCGAAUCCAUCGAGAUGGUGUCGAAGAGCUCGACACCAAUGGUGUCCAAAAGAGAGCUCGACUCCAUUGAGCUGGGAGCUGGUGUCGAAGACCUCGAGUCCGUCGAGAUGGUGUAGAAGAAAUCGACCCCAUCGAGAUCUCGACUGUGUCGAAGAGAGAACUCGACUCCAUCAAAGAGCUUGACUCUGUCGUAGAGCUCGACUCGAUCGAGUUCUUGGAGUCGUAGAGCUUUACAAGAUCGAGUUCGUGUUUUAGAGCUUGAGUCUGUUGAUACGUUCUGUUCAGGGGGAGUUGAUUCGUUAUGUCCAUACCGUUAUUGUUGACGCACAAGAGAUUUUGGCAAACUCGGUUAACAUGAGUGAUGAGAUUUCGAGUAGUCUUAAGAAAACUGUUCCGAAUUCCGCUGGUGGUAUUAAUCGGGAUGUUGAUCUAGAAGCUGGGAAAGAUACUCUACAAAGUCCUCGUUGGAGGUCUAUAUACCUUGUGAUGGAAGCUACAUAUUACAUUGUUGCGGUUUUGGCGCUUGGAUUAGAGGCUGCACAAAUUAUGUUCAACAAUAACAAGCCUAUGAAUUGGGUGGUGCUGGGACUUAGUGUUGCGGGUUGUCUUACAACGUGGAUGGUGUUUGCUCUGAAUGCAAGGCAAAAAAACGCUAGGUUUUCUUUUGGGUGCUUCUUUCUAUCUGAUGGACAAAUAUAUGGGACUAUCUGCGAAUACGUUGACUCGUAUGCAUCAAUUAUUCAGAUCAUAUUGUCAAUAAUUUCUAUUAUUGUCAAAUUUCCGAAGCCUUUGACUGUUGGUGGAAUUAUUAUAUCUUCUGCAAUGAUCUUCUCAAAGUUGACCGCGAGGUGCACUCCCAGCCAUUCCUAGUACUCUUUUGGUUUGUUAAAAAGAUAUGUAUGAUUGUAAUAAUAUGCAGUUGGGUAAGCCAAGGGCCUGGUUGGUUUUGAACUUCCAUGGUGCCAAUCAGUCUUAACUUGAGUUUUGCUUGAGCUUCUCCAUCCAUGUGGCUGCCAUUAGCAACUCUUAUAAAUUAUGUGGCAAGUAUUC